AUGAUGUCAAUGGCAGGAGAGGUCGUGGACGAGGGAUUGGGGGAAGACUUCGAAGACACUCCCUGGGUGCCACCCACUGUCAAACGGGCGGAAGACAACCGCGCGCAGACCAUCUAUCGGGCCGGGAAGAGCAGCAUCUGGGACACGCGUUUGCACGAGCUCGAAGACAUGGGAAUUGGCGUCGCACUGUACUUUCAAUUCCUCAAGUUUUUGACAGGAACGUACUUUGUGCUUACAAUACUGAGCAUUCCACCUCUUCUCUUCGCCAUCUCCGGAGAAGGUUUCACGGAGGUGGUGUUCGGGACGGAGUACGCCGAAUUGGACAUUUCGUACUACAUCACGGCGUUCGAGUUCUUGAGCUCGGUCUUUGCAAUCCUGGCCAUCAUCUACUGGAGGUGGCGAACCAACGUUACCGUGGAGAGGGUAGAUGAAAACAAGAUCACAGCAACCGACUAUGCUGUCUACAUCGAAGGACUGCCCGAGACGGCCGGGAGAAAGGAAAUAGGACAGUUUUUCAAUGAUCUGUACCAGCUGGAGGCGCCGGACUGGAAGGGGAGGGCACCCUACGAGCAUGCACAGCCCGUUUUCAGCGUAGAAAACACCGGCGACAAAUGGUACAUGGGCAAGUGGGUUGCCGAGGCUUGUGUCGCGCGGAAGGUCGGCCGGGAAGUGAAAGCGUACAAGGACAAGAAGGACACAGUGCUGGAGCUCAGAAGAAAGAGGGCCGAGGCGAAGAUGUACAAUGACAACGGCCAUGAGUGCUCCGUUUGGUUCCACGUGGUUCCACACUGA